CUCAUAGAUGACUAUUCUUCAGAUCUGCUCACCUCUCCCCCUCCUAUUGAUUUUACAUGUUAAGAGGUCUCUUUGAAGAGCAUAGGGUUGUUCUCUCUCGCAUAUUUUCCCUCCCCCCUUUUUAGCAUUCCCAGCACAUAGUGUGCAUACGCCCAGCCAGUGUCUGUCUCCCUGCAUUGCUGCUGUCUCACUAUAGUGUAUGUGUAUAUAUAGCUUAAAUAAUACUAUACACAAUCCUAAAAUCCUGCGGGGACACUGUGAUGCUGAUGAAAUUGUCUGGGAAUUAAUCUGUGUUUGCCCUAGAUUUUCAAACAGGAAACAAAGCCUUUGUUGUUGUCACUGAUUCCUAUGGCAAAUGAGACUCCCUUUAUUCAAAAGCUGCAACUGAACUAUAUGGGGGAAGCAAACACACUUCUGCACUACAUUGAUCUGGCUAGAAGAGAGAAUCACCCUUCCAAAAAGGAGGACUUAACUGUUACUUGAAUGAAUUGCCCUUGCCAGGAAUCGCACCCAGUUUACAUGUCCAUCAAACUGACGUGCACAAAAGUUCACUCAAACCAUAGUGCCUUUCCUGAGUAUCUUGGUUACGUCAGGAGCAACAAUGAUACCAGUUUAUUGGUUUCUCCUUUGGUCGUGGCUGGGAUAGUCAUAGGCCUGGUUCUAUUUCUGUCCUGCGUCACCAUCAUUAUCGGAAGUCUAAGGAAAGAUGGAGGAGUACGAGACUGGCCCCUUGAGGCAGAACCCAGUUAUGAUGGAAUUUCCUAUGUGGCAUCUAUUGGAGACUUGAGAUCUGCCUGCCCUGGGGACUUAACUCCAACAUUUGGAUUUGGUUCCUACUUGGAACUUAAUGUUUCCUACCCAGAUGCCCCUCCUUGUUAUGAGGACUGUGUUGGGGCAGGGGCCAUGGAACUAUACCCUCCUACUGAUGACCCACCACCCUACUCUUUGGAAAAUCCACACCUCAGCAAUGAAUUGGUCCUGAGCAUCGGCACAGAAGAUACAUCUUGGUCAGUGCAAGAGAACGCAGGUCAUCUACUGCCUACACCAUUGUUGUCCUCCCUCUGGCUCCACUUUGCUCCACCAUAUAGAACUAGAAGCAAGAUGAGUGUACAGAGUCCUGCAAUAUCAAUGGAUGCAUAAAAAGAUACACACAGACCCUCUUUGCAAGAUGGAAUGUUUAACUGAAACCAUCAAGCACAGUAUUUAUAAAUAUUAGAAAUGCCCACUUAUUCAAUGCAAAACAGCGUUCAGAAGUGUCUUGUUUCUUCUAAAUUUUAUCAAUGGGUAAUUAUUUUGCUUGCAUGUGAUCAGAAUUAUUAUUGUAGCGACUGACUAAUAGAGAAACCAACCUUUAAUACAGAUUGAAAUAAAAACAUAAAAUAUUAAUUUGGAACAUAUACAGAUAUUGCAUAAACUAAACAUAACCGUGAAUAUAUCUGUAGAAAUAAGUCAACUGUGUUUUUUCCUUGAAGAAGUUUCGCCAGUCAUCCAACUGGCUUUCUCAAUUCAGAAUAACUUGUAAAUAAGAUCUUUUUUUGACUCAUUUCUACAGAUAUACCAUGACCUGGAUGAAUGAGAAUCUUCACAAACAACAAUGAAAAUGUUUUAAUCACUUCUUGUUCAGAUAAAAAUAGUCAGUAAGCAUAGAGAUGAAAGGGCUAAUUUAAUCCAGUGCUCCCUACAUAGAGCAGCGUCAGGAGGUGCUGUACUUACUGCCUGCUUUAUGGGGCCUCCACCUCCUGCUGCCUUGCAUGGCAGGAGUUAUACUAAAGCACCCGCUUUCCUACCCGCUCCCUUUAAAUCUAAUGCAGGCUGCACUAUGCCCCAUGCAGUGGGCAAAGUGCAACAAAAAUGGCAGAUUUCACUUUGCACACUGCAUGGGCCCUUGUAAGUGUGCCCUAAAAACUACAAUAAUCCUGAUAUUCAUUAUAACACGGGAACAUAUCAUACAAUGAAAAGCAUAAAUGUGGCUAUACUCAGAUUAACCAGGUUAUGAAAUUGAAUUUAUUUGUGAAUGAAUCUGUCGACCAUUGGUGUGGCGGUGUGGAACUAGAAAGUUAAAUAACAUUCUUUCCCAGUCACAUAACAGUUAAAUAAUUAGAAUGCAAACGUGUUGAUAACCAUCUUUAAAUAAAUUUUAUCGGUUUGUAAAACCAACAUGUACCAGUAUGGUGCUGUAUAAUUAGAUUGAAAUUCUAAUAAUCCCACUAUUUAUGUAGUAUUUUCUGUACCAGCUCUAGCAAUAACUAUGUUUCCAUUUGCCUUAUAAUACUGUAUAUUGUCUUCCUGAUUAUUAAGUAAACUGUAAGUAUUUCUGGUCCAAGGUUUGUAAUGUACAGAAUCUAGUUAUUGGUGGCUCGCUAACAUUUCUUUAUCCUUUACCUUCUUUUCUCUCUCUUUGCUGCCUGUGUUCAAGUGUUUUUGAAAGCUCCAUCUGGUGGUCAAUUUCAUAGAGUUCUACAUGACCAAAAAUGCUUAUAACAUAGGCCUGUUCUUCUUAAACUGUAAGUUUGUGGCCUCUUGGCACAGGUUUACUAUAUAUGUAAAGAAAUGAACUUUGUAGUUAAACAAACUUUGAAAUAAAAAUGUUAAUAUUU